AUGCAACCCAUGGUCAUGCAGGGAUGUCCCUACACCUUCCCACGAUGUCAUGAGUGGCGGGCAGCCGACCAAUCCCAGCACAACGGCGGCCUCAACACCACCCGACCCCAGCCUCAGGUAAGAGCCAAAGGACCCACAGCUGCAGCUUCCCAGGAUGGCACAGGGCCGACCUGUCUGAGGCAACAAGUCCUAAAUGGUGCCAUCGGGCCCCUGAAUGCUCCAGCCAUGAAUCUGUGUUGGAACGAAAUCAAAAAGAAGUCCCACAACCUCCGGGCUCGACUUGAGGCCUUCUCCGAUCCCAGUGGGAAGCUGCAGCCCCCUCUUCAAGAGAUCAUCGACUGGCUCAGUCAGAAAGAUGAGGAGUUGUCUGCUCAGCUGCCACUCCAGGGGGCCGUGGUCCUGGUACAGAAGGAAAAGGAGACUCACUCGGCUUUUAUGGAAGAGGUCAAGUCCCGGGGCCCCUAUAUCUACUCAGUACUUGAGUCAGCUCAGGCCUUCCUAUCCCAGCACCCGUUUGAAGAACUGGAAGAACCCCACUGUGAGAACAAAGAUGCUUCUCCCAAACAGAAGAUUCAAAACCUCAGCCGCUUUGUAUGGAAGCAAGCGACUGUGGCCAGUGAGCUGUGGGAGAAAUUGACUGCCCGCUGUGUGGAUCAGCAUCGUCACAUUGAGCGGACCUUGGAACAGCUACUAGAGAUCCAGGGAGCCAUGGGGGAGCUGGGGAGCACCCUGACCCAGGCUGAGGGCAUCCGGGCUACCUGGGAGCCCAUCGGGGACCUCUUUAUCGACUCCUUGCCAGAGCACAUCCAGGCCAUUAAGCUAUUCACAGAGGAACUGUCCCCAGUGAAGGAAGGGGUAAAGUUGGUGAAUGAGCUCGCCCACCAGCUGGCCAUAUCUGAUGUACACCUCUCCAUGGAGAACUCCCGAGCCCUGGAGCAAAUCAACACGAGGUGGAAACAGCUGCAGGCUUCAGUUAAUGAACGACUCAAGCAACUCCAGGAUGCCCACCGGGACUUUGGGCCAGGAUCCCAGCACUUCCUGUCCACCUCCGUCCAGGUCCCUUGGGAAAGAGCAAUUUCACCCAAUAAAGUGCCCUACUACAUCAACCAUCAGGCUCAGACAACAUGCUGGGACCAUCCCAAGAUGACUGAGUUGUACCAAACGCUGGCUGACCUGAACAACAUCAAAUUCUCAGCUUAUCGGACAGCCAUGAAACUCCGCCGUGUCCAGAAGGCCCUCCGCUUGGACCUGGUCACCUUGAACACGGCUUUGGAGAUCUUCAAUGAGCAUGAGCUGCAGCCCAGUGAGCAUGUGAUGGAUGUGGUUGAAGUCAUCCACUGCCUGACAGCCCUGUAUGAGCGGCUGGAGGAGGAGAGGGGCAUCUUGGUCAACGUGCCACUCUGUGUGGACAUGAGUCUCAAUUGGCUCCUCAAUGUAUUUGAUAGUGGGCGCAGUGGAAAGAUGAGAGCCCUGUCUUUUAAGACUGGCAUUGCCUGCUUGUGUGGAACAGAAGUGAAAGAGAAAUUUCAGUACCUCUUCAGCCAGGUGGCCACCUCUGGCAGCCAGUGUGACCAGCGCCACCUCGGGGUACUGCUACAUGAGGCCAUCCAGGUGCCCCGCCAGCUAGGGGAAGUGGCGGCCUUUGGAGGGAGCAACGUGGAGCCCAGCGUCCGAAGCUGCUUCCGUUUCAGCACUGGGAAGCCAGUCAUUGAAGCUGCCCAGUUUUUGGAGUGGGCCAACCUGGAGCCACAGUCCAUGGUGUGGCUGGCCGUGCUGCACCGUGUCACCAUUGCGGAGCAGGUGAAGCACCAGACAAAGUGCUCCAUCUGCAGACAGUGCCCCAUCAAAGGUUUCAGGUACCGCAGUCUUAAACAGUUCAACGUAGACAUCUGCCAGACCUGCUUCCUAACAGGCAGGGCCAGUAAAGGGAACAAGCUACACUAUCCCAUCAUGGAAUAUUACACGCCGACGACUUCAAGUGAGAACGUGAGGGAUUUUGCUACCACCCUGAAAAACAAAUUUCGCUCCAAGCAGUAUUUCAGCAAACACCCUCAGAGAGGAUAUCUGCCCGUGCAGUCUGUACUGGAGGCUGACUACAGUGAGCCGCCUGCCUCCUCCCCGAUGUUACCACACUCUGAUACACAUUCCCGCAUCGAACACUUUGCCAGCAGGCUCGCUGAGAUGGAAAGUCAGAACUGCUCCUUCUUCAAUGACAGCCUGUCCCCUGAUGACAGCAUAGAUGAAGAUCAGUACUUGCUGAGGCACUCGAGUCCCAUUACAGACCGGGAGCCUACCUUUGGACAGCAAGCCCAGAACACCAUGAUUGCCGAUGACAAGGGGGAGCUGGAGAAGAUUCUGGCUCACCUGGAGGAUGAGAACCGGAUCCUCCAAGGAGAGCUACGACGUCUAAAGUGGCAGCAUGAGGAGGCUGCUGAGGGGCCCCCUGAGGUGGCCCAGGAUCCCCGCAAUGAGGAGCUCUUGGCGGAAGCCAGGCUCCUCCGGCAGCACAAGAGCCGCCUGGAGACCCGCAUGCAGAUUCUGGAAGACCACAAUAGGCAGCUGGAGUCACAGCUGUUGCGCCUCAGGGAGCUGCUCCUGCAGCCACCCCCUGAAUCAGAAGGCAAUGGCUCUGGGGGCUCCUCACUGGCCUCUUCUCCGCAGCAGUCAGAGGGCAGUCAUUCCCGGGAGAAGGAGCACACCACCCCAGACACUGAGGCCGCAGAUGAUGUGGGGCAGAAGAGUCAGGAUGUCAGCCUGUGCUUGGAGGACAUCAUGGAGAAGCUCCGCCACGCCUUCCCUAAUGUCCGAAGCCCAGAUGUGCCCGCCAACACUCUACUGGCUUCCUGAUGCAUCCCAAUGUGCAUCCCGUACUCUGGAUCCCUACCCCGGCUCUGGCCAGACCCCCUGUCCCUGCCCCAACCAGGCCCAUCCUGUCACCACUGGCCCUUCUCAUUCACUCAGCCCCUCAGUGUUAACAAGCUUCAGGCAGCAACAGGGACUUGAGAUGGAAGGAGCUAAAUGGCAGGGGGUGGAGGGGGGGGUGGCCAGGCCAGGGAGAAAAUCAAAGCUGAGGGGAGCUAGCAGAGACCUGCCAACCCUCAAGCCAGCACCCUGCUCCCUCUCCACACAUUGUGGCACUGUCCCAGGGAAGCUGGCUACUUGAGGAAUACAAGCAGUGCCUGUUCUGUUCCCCACCCUCUCUCUAAACCACAGGAGGUAGGCAGCCCUGCCCCAGGGAUCCUGCCCUCUGGCCCAGCUCAGGAUCCAUGUGAGCAUGACCCUCCCUCUUCCCCAGAGAGUUUGGGGCAGAGUGCCACUCAGCAUUGAUGCUCUGCUGCCUGGAACUCCUUCCUUCCUCCGCUCCCUCCUUCUGACCCGCACCCUGGCCUCCCCUCAGUUGGCAGGAUGGUGUCCUAGCCAGGCUUUCAGACUAGCCUCCCUUGUUCCACUAACUCUUGGUGCCAUGCUGGGGCCACGUGCUCCUUCUGGGCACUCUAAAACUGGGGCUUCCUUCUGCUUUGGGAAUGGAGCUUUGAUUCUCGCUGGCUCCUAACGCCACUUAACAUUUGGGCCACAUUUGGAAAAAUGGCAACUCCACUAGCAUAGAUUCCCCACCCCCUGCCCAUCUUUCCAUUUCCUCAAGGCCACAGGCUCCUGGGCCAUUGGCCAGCAAUGCCCUGGGAAACCUGCUUGGGGGAGGGAGGGUGCCGCUUGCCUUCUUCUGGCCCCCACAGGUCCUGGAGGUUUGCCCAGUGGUUUCCCCUGUGGGAUCAGGGGUGACAGCAUCAAGCCAGGCCUCAGAAGGAGCUUUGUCCCUGCCACUUCCUUAGAGGGAUGGUCAGAAAGGUGCCCCCCAUGCCAUCCUCUGGGUCCUGGCUCUUGGAGAAAGAAGUCGUUUCAGGAAGGCCAUAGAGCAGUGCUCCCAGGGCCUUCCCUGGGCCCAGCACCUCCCUGAGGUUCCUUCCCUCCCUUGCCCCCAGGGUGAGACAGGUGGCUGCCCAGAUGCACACAGCCCAGCAGAGAUUCUGGCUGUGCCAUCAGGGCUCUGAUUGCUUCUCCAGAGCAUCUGGAGAUGCCAGAAGGGCUUCCCCUUUUGCAAAGCCUUGUUUGAUUCUCUUCUAACACUGAAUAGCAACCUCCAUGGGCACCGGAAGCAGGCCCGAGUAGGCAAGAGGCUCUGGGCCUCUGACCCAAGCCAGAGCUGCCUUCAUCAGCCUUAUACUGGAAGGAGCUUUCGAAGAGAGCCCUGGAAUCCAUUGCAUUUGUCUAGUCUAGCUCCAUAGUGGGAUAGCUCUUCUGUGCAUCCGUAUUCUCCCGGCCCCACUCAUCACACAUUAAAUUCUAAUACCUCGUGAAGUAUUCAUGUUCUGCCUUGCUCUUUGUCAGCCCCGGCCUUUGGCUGGGUGGGGAGAAGUGCCUGGAUGACUAGACCCCAAGCUGUUCCCUUAGCGGGACUGUUUCCAGAAGGUUUGCUGCAGGCCCCUCUGGGACCAGCCUCCUGAGCCUGUGGCCACAGAGUUCCUCGGCCACCCCCAGGGGCUGGGCCAGGGUGCUCUACUGCCCUGGACUCCUCAAGCCUAGGUUAGACCAAAUCAAAGCUCUGCCCUGGCCCAGAUCCCAGAGAGGGAACAAAGGUCUCAUAGCUCUGGUGACUACGGACUCUGUUUCUAUUCUCCCUCCUCCCCUCCCAGUUCCUGGGCAAGGCAACCUGGUUUAUCCUUCAGCUCCUUCUCUUUCCAAGGCCUUGCGUGGCCUCCUAAAGGAACCCAUGGCAGACUUCUCCCUGGGGUAGCCGUAAGACAGCUGAAGUGAGUGAUGUCACCCCACUGGGAAGCAGCAGGUUGCUGGCUAUCUGUUUACUUCUGCUGUAAUGAAAUGGGAAGCCCGGUGGCCACCCCAGAUUUGUCUGGCGCCGUCAGUUGCCCUGGCCUUGGCCUCCUGGCACAGGGUCAUAGCACGAGGCCAGGGAGGCUCUACACCAGCUGCAAAUAGAUGGGGCAAGAAUGGUAGGAAGGGGCCAGAGCCCAGCGCCAGGGAGAUCAGACAGGGUGAGCCUCACAAGGAGCUCUCGGAUAGAAAUGGGGAGUUUGCUUGCUGGUUGUUGGGAUGUCUGGGCCCCUCCAAGCAGAUGUCCCAGAGUAGUUUCUCACCAGGAACACUCAGAAAGGACCCCCUAGGCCCGAGAACCCAGCUGCCCACCUCUACCAAUGAGCCUGGAUGGCAGGCACGGAGAGGGACCUGGCUGUAGCAGGUGUGUGGACUGAAGUGGAGGUAAGGGUGAAGCAGAGUGUGGACUUUUCCCUGAUCGGGGAUCACCGAGCCUCGGUGGUCGUCCCCGAGACAGGCACUGGGGGUGAAUGAGCCCUUGGAAUCCUUGAAAUGUGCUGUAUGUUGUCAAAGCAUCUUGUGCGUUGGGUUUGAUGCUGUUGAAUUUCUUGUCAUGUAUACCAGUGGUUGCGGGGGGGGGGGGUGUUGCUAGGAGCCCAGAGAAGGUCUUCUCAUUGGUGGGGUUCACAGGGCUACAAGGGGAACGAGUGGCCCAAAUCAGCUGUAGCUGCAGUUAAAAGGUGACAAUGCUAAGUUCGGAUGGACAGAGGGUGUUUGCUGUGAUAAGUUUGGGGAUGACCAGUGGAGAAGUGGAUCUGCCACACAGGGAGGGGGAGAGGCCCUGCCUGCCUCUGUUUCUUACCUGCCUCGGGCUAAGAGUUGGAGACAUCCCCUCAUCACCACCUUCACCCCCCACCCCCAGGAUGGUAGGCAGCCUCCAGCCAUGUCCUGGGUGCUGUGGGUGGGGCCACCAAGACAACGUUCUGAAGGGUAGAGGCCCGGUUCUGGGGCUCUUCAGGCUAGGAUCCCGCCAAGGUCCCAGGGAGGAAGGGGCCACACCUGGGGUUGAGGAGCCUUCCCUCCUUGGGGUGGCUGCUCUGACCCUGGGCCAAGCCCACAUGGGCCCCUGCCCCCAGGACGAGGGAAUAUUUUCACUUCCUUUGGCCCCACAAACUGGCCAUGGCAGCAGCAGGAGCACAUGGCCUUCCUCUGCCCUGAGGAGGGCCGAGGGUUGAUGAAGAAGUUUGGGGCUGGGGCAGAAUGGCUUACUUUGGUUCUUACUCUGUGUGGCACUGUUUCUUCUCUCUAAUUCUGCUUUGGAAAGAAUAAACUUGUAUUUGUAUGCCCUGA